UGGCUGUCUUGUCCUCUUCCCCCAAUCAUGAGAGGUCUUACGACGGUCACCCUGGCCCUCGCCGGCCUCGCUGCACACGCCAUUGCUCGCUCGACCCCACCGCCACUCGCUCAGCCUCAGCGGAGAAAGACCCUCGGCUUCGGUCCUGUCCUGCCACAUGCCCGCUUCGAGACCCUCCCCCCCUCUGCCUCGGGUUUCGCUCCCGUCGAUCCAUUCCACGUCGCGCGCGACUUUUUGGAACAGUUCGCCGAAUCUGCACUCGGUCGUGCCUAUGCCAUCCGUUCGGACUCGUAUACUGACCGUAACACCGGUGUGACUCAUGUCUAUGCCCGCCAAAUCAUUGGGGGUAUCGAGGUCGCAGAUGCCCAUAUCAACCUCAACAUCAAGGACGGCCGCAUCCUCAGCUUUGGUGAUUCGUUCUUCCCUGGUGGCGCACCUGCUCUCGCGGUCGAUAACGAGCCUGUGCACCCCCACGCUGUCUACUGCUCUCAGCUACGAGAUGCCCUGUUGACCCACCAAGCUCUCCUGGUCGAAGUUGACACCGAGGAGGCUGCCCUCUCGGAUGACUACCACAAGACACUCGAGGGCGUCGCCACCCUGACCCACCUCUAUGACUCUAACUGUGCUGUAAUGUCACUGCCACCGACAUCCUACACGGGUACCCACCCACCCCCACAAGUUGACAUGGACCCACGCCGUGCCUUGUUGGAAUUCAUGGCUGCAGCGCUCCCCAGAUCACACCCAGAAUUCGAAGGUGUGCUUGAGAACCCAGAUCAAUAUGUUCAGGAUAUCAAGAUGACACCCGAGACCCAUCUCCUCGGUGACCACGCUAGCGUUGGUAUGGUGCUUUCCGAUGUUCCGGGAACAGUCGGAGAUGUCAAGACCCGCGUGACUUGGGUACAGGUACCCCGAGAAGACGGGUCCGUCAAAUUGGAGUUGGUGCACAGAUUUGAAGUCGAGAUGCAAGAUAACUGGUACGAGGCAACCGUCACCGCUGAACUUCCACACCGGGUCAUCAGCGUGGUGGACUGGGCCAGUGACUCGCCAAUGCCUCCGAUGAGCAAAGAACAGCUACCACCAUUGGAUGCUUUUGUUCCGCCAGGAACUUACUUCCCCUCCGUUGGAUCGGUAUCGAAGUCUAAACCUCGUCUCGGAAAGGCAGUAGCUGACCUCAGGAAGGGAAAGAGCAAGAGCGGAAGUGCUUCGACGUUCGCUCCUAUUCCCAAGAAAUACCCUGACCCGCCAAAGAGCGAACCCGCUAUGUACGUUGUCUUCCCCUGGGGUACUAAUGACCCAGAGGAAGCGGCUGUGCGGCGGGAGAGGGCUGAAGGUACCCAAGGUUCCACACACACCGUUUCGUAUGGUCGCUUCGCAGUGCCCGAGUUGGGCGACACCCUCGCUUCUCCUGCUGGCUGGCACGCCUUGCCAUACGCAAACGACCCGGGUACCGAUGAUGACGGUUUGAGACGCGCCAAGGCUCAAGGAGAGUUCUGGCGGAGGACAAAUACGACGUGGGGUAAUAACGUGUUCGCUCACGAGAACUGGGAGGGUCGAUACGGGUGGGUUUAUAACCACAGACCCGAAGGAUACCUCUUGAACGAAGAUGAUUCUUUGCUGUAUUUGUUCCCCUACGAGCCGGUUCCUCUGCAUGAUGAGGAUGCCGAAAUGCAGCAGGCAAAGUCCUACAUCGACGCUACUGUCACGCAGCUUUUCUACACUAGCAACAUGGUCCAUGAUUUGUACUACAGGUACGGAUUCACCGAGGAAGCGGGUAACUUCCAGCAAUACAACUUUGAACGAGGAGGUCUCGAUAACGACGCUGUCAUUGCCAAUGCACAGGAUGGAAGUGGAUUCAACAACGCCAACUUCAUGACACCUCCGGAUGGUCAAAACGGGCGCUGUCGGAUGUAUCUCUGGAACACAGCUUCGCCAUACCGUGACGGUGAUAUGGAAGCUGGCAUCGUGAUCCACGAGCUUACCCAUGGUCUAUCAACUCGCUUGACGGGUGGCCCACUGAACUCUGGCUGCCUUGGUUGGGGCGAGUCUGGAGGAAUGGGAGAAGGUUGGGGUGAUUUCAUUGCUACAACCAUCCGCUCGACAUCUAACUAUUCCGACUAUCCUAUGGGCGCAUGGGCAUCGAACCGUGCGAAGGGCAUUCGCAACUUCCCUUAUUCUAUGACGUCCGAAAUUAAUCCUUCGUCCUACGCCACCCUCGACAAGCCAGGAUACUGGGGUGUACAUGCCAUUGGCGAGGUCUGGGCCGAAAUGUUAUGGGUCGUCUCGCAGAAGUUUAUCGAGAAAUACGGUUUUGCAACCUCGCUCCUGCCGCCCGUUCCUAACGAAGAUGGUAGCAUGCCCCCGAACGACUUCUACCGUUCCCAGACAUUCGAUGCACGCGGAAACCCGAAACCUUUAAUUCCCAAGCACGGCAACACGCUUUUCCUCCAGCUCGUGAUUGAGGGUAUGAAGUUGCAGCCGUGUUCGCCUACGUUCUUCGACGCUCGCAAGGCGAUUCUGGAAGCAGAUAAGAUUUUGACAGAUGGUGAGAACGAGUGCCGGAUUUGGGAAGGCUUUGCAGAAAGGGGGUUGGGCGUGGAUGCGAAGGUGGUUGGACAAACACCAUGGGGUGGUGGUGUGAGGUCUGAUGGCAUCAAAGUACCCCAGCAUUGCCGAAAGUCGAAGGAGCCGUCUCCUGAGCCCACGCCAAAGCCAAAGCCUGUUCCAGGUGACGACGAGUGUGGUCCUUUCGGGUGGUGCUGGCCCUGGAAGAGUGAGGAUGGCCAGUGGAGACUGCCGAACAUACCAGGGUGGCCCUGGUCCUACUAUUAGGUGGAAAGGAAGCUGUAAGGUGAAGUCGAAGUGAAGGAUCGGUUUAUCUUGAGUUUUUAUGAAGCAGAAGAUAAUGAGAUGAGGAAUGACAGAUACCCCGAGUUGUUGUCUUGAACUUGCGGACUGGAACACGUAAUAUGCUAGAGCCUUGAGAGCAAGACGCAACCUGUACAUUGCUCUUCCUUAGAUCGAUUCACCCCGUCCUCUCAUGUCGUCUACUUAUUGCUUUCCUGUACAGUACCUAUAAUACAUCAAUCUGUCCUCAUCCGUGACAU